AUGGCACGAGCUCCUUCAAGUCCUCAUCGCGCCAAACCCCAGCGAAUUCCUCCCCCGCCGCUUCUCCCCUCGACGCCUCACCUCCCCGUCCUCCUCGGCGCAGCCUCCCCUCCUCCAAAUCCUCCCCUCCCAUCUCGCUCCCUCUCCCGCCCUCGCUCUUCUCCGCCUCUCUCCUCCCCUCCUCCUCCUCCCCUCCUCGUCCGCGCCGUCGCCACCGCUUCCGCCCUCCGGCUCCGCCCCCAACGGGCCCACCUCCUCUCCCUCGCUCGGCCUCACCUCAACCUCAACAUUGAAGUCCUCUCCGGUGCCGACGAGGCCCGCCUCGUCUACCUCGGCAUCCUCCACUUCCUCCCCGUCCUUCACUGCCGCGUCCUCGCUGUCGACAUCGGCGGCGGAUCCACCGAGUUCGUGUUAAGGUUUCAAGGUCAGAUCUUGUUCUCGGCAUCUCUCAACCUCGGCCACGUCACUCUCACCGAGUCCUUCGCCGGGCGCUUCGCCGACCUCCGAAGCCACGUGAGGACGGCGCUACAAGAAUCGGGGUUGGCUGAGAAGGUUAGGCAGUUAGGGUUUGAGAUUGCCGUCGGUUCGUCGGGGACCGUGAAGUCGAUCGAGAAGGCGAUUUCGGGGUUGGAUUUCAGGAGGAAGUGGAGGUUUGGUAGGGAGGAGCUGAGGAGCCUUGAGGAGAGGAUUUGUAGGAGUUUCGAGAUGCUGGGGUUUGAAGGGGUGCGGAGAUUGGGGUUCUCGAAGAGGAAGUCGGAGUUUAUUGCGUUGAGGGAGAUAUUUGAUGCGCUCGGGAUUGAGGAGAUGGACGUGUCGGGGUAUGCGUUGGGUGAGGGAGUGGUUGCGGAGAUGAUGAUGAAGGAGAAGAGCCGCUCAGAUGUGGAAGUUGGUUUGGAUUUGAAUGAGAGGUGGAGCUCAGUUGUGAGGCUUGCUGUGAGAUUUGAUUGCAGGAAUUGGAUGAAAGUGGCUGUCCAAUGUGUUGGCAUAGCAAAGGACAUUUUUGAUGGAAUCAGGGGCUGCGGUGUAAUGGGUGAGGAUCAAACUAGAUCAUUGGUGUUUUUGGAGGAUAAAGACUAUGAAUAUCUUGAAGCUUCAAUUUUGCUUCAUAAUAUUGGGAGGGUAAAUGGGAAAAAGGGCUAUGACAAAUUGUCCUAUCAGAUAAUCAAGCAUGGUGGACAUCUUGAGGGUUAUAGUUCUGAAGAGGUUGAGCUUAUUGCGCAACUUGUGAGAUUCCAUAGGAAAAAGUUUCCAAAAUCCGAGAAUGCUUCCAUUCAGAAAUUGCCAUUGGAGAUGAAGGACAAGUUCAGAGUUCUUUGUUCCAUUAUACGCCUUUCUCUUACUAUCCAAAGAUGCCAACACAGGACUUCUCAAGGAGUGGAAGUAGUGCAUACUCCUCAGGGCUUUAAACUUGUACUUGGAGAAAUCAAGGAACAGUGUGCAGAUCCUUGUGGUGUUCAACGGUCAUCAGCAACUGGUGAAGAACUAAGACUAGAAUUGCAACAUUUUGAAGAGGUGUUCCAUCAGAAGAUCUCAAUUGUAAUCCCUUGAGAAUUUAAGGCAAAUAUAUACCGUGAUAAAAUCUUAUGAAGUUGCAAAGGUCUAUCAUGAGCCUCCUCUCUUCUUUUAUUUUUCCUUGGCGAAGGAAAUCAGUCUCGCACUUCAGAGAUACUAUAAGAUUGCCAGCUGUGUUAUUAACUUCAAGUGGAGCUAUGAGCCUUAACUAAAUGGAGUCGUGCUUCAGAACUGUGCCCAUUUGAUGGGGUUAUGAUAAUGGUACAUAGAGGGGUUACAGAACAAUGGAUAGAUUUAUGUCGUGUUCAGUGCACAUGAGCAGCACAUUGGCAGAAAUGACACUACAGUUUUGGAUCAUUCUGAAGAGGUUUAUGAUAUCGAUUGCCGCUAUCACAAUAUAGGCGCUUUCUUCCCUCUACCAUAAUGAGUAUAUUUUGGAUGAGUAUGUAAAAAACUCAAAGAUGAUGCUAGCAUAACGAGUAGUUGUAGUUCAGAAGCAUCAAGGCAUCAACAAGCUUGUGAACUCAGUGCUUACAUGGAUGAGCAUGUUCUAUUGAUGGCCGCUUAACAAAAAAUCCGGUUUAGUUCAACAAAUUGGAAGAAAUAAAUGAGCAUGGUGUUCACAUUAUUGGUUAAGGGAACAUUACUAACCCUCCGCUUUGAAGGAGACAUGAUAAAGGGCAACAUGCCUUUCCAAAUAGUAGAAGUACAAGAAGAUAUUGAUAUUUGUGUCAAAGGCAUUUCCGACGUGGAAAAAGGAUAAUGAGUUACGGCUGUAUGAUUUUGUCAAUGGAUGCCCUAAUAAAACAAGGUAAAUGUGAAGGAUCUGAUUUUGGUGGAGAUUGACAUAAUUGAUUUCACCAGAUAAGCUAACGAGACUAAGGGCGUAUCUCUGAUAGAUUUGGAGAUCAACGAGCCAUUUCGGUUGCCCUCUUUUUUUGGCAUUUUGCAUGCAAGUGCUAACUAAAAUGAACUACUCGUACACCAUCUGUAAUGCUUCAGUAAAUUUAUUGAUUGUAAGAGAGAGUUUUCAUCGAUACUCCUAAUAUAAAGCCUGUUUUUGCA